UCUUACCAUUCCCAAAACAAACACAAACUUCUCCAUUUACAGAGUCUCAAGAUUAUCAUCCCCGGCCCUAGAGUUUCCUUUCAUGGAUGAUAUUGAGAUUCCUCAGUAUUUCAUCUGCCCUAUAUCUCUCCAAAUCAUGAAAGAUCCAGUGACAACCAUAACCGGCAUAACCUACAACCGCGAAAGCAUCGAGCAUUGGUUAUUCACCUGCAAGAACACAAUCUGUCCUGUCACCAAAGAACCCUUGCCAAGAGAGUCAGAUUUAACCCCUAAUCACAACUUGAGAAGGCUUAUUCAAUCAUGGUGCACAAGCCAUGGCGUCGACCGGAUUCCGACACCGAAACCUACUCUAAACAAAUGCCAUGUCCUUCAACUGAUCAAAGACCUCUCACAACCUCACUUGCAAAUCAAAACACUCAGGCAGUUGGAAUUGUUGGCCGCAGAGAAUGAGAGGAACAUAAAGUAUAUGGAGGGUGCUGGGGUGCCUAAGGCCAUGGUUACAUUAAUUGUGAAAAUUUUCAAGAGUAAGCAGAUUGAAGGCCUACAUGAAGCUCUGAGUAUCCUUCACUUAAUCCGGAUUAAUUCAUCAGAAGCCAAGCUUAUCCUCCACGAAAACGAUCAAAUUAUCGAAUCGUGGACAUGGGUUUUGAUGUCCAACAAUUUGAACAACAAUAUUGCAGUGAAAUCCCAUGCUUUGUCAAUACUAAAAAGACUUAUUGAGGAAGGGAGUUCAAGCCUGCUAGAGAGACUAAAACCCGAAUUUUUCGACGCGAUUGUUGGUGUUAUCAGGGAGAAGAAAGUCACACAACAAGGAAUCAAUGCAGCUCUGAAUGUACUGUUACAUGCUUGUCCAUGGGGAAGGAAUAGAGGAAUGAUGGUGAAAUCCGGGGCGGUAUUCGAGCUAAUCGAGCUCGAAUUGGGUUCACCGGAGAAGAGAACAACAGAACUAAUAUUGGGUGUUCUAUUCCAUUUAUGUUCUUGUGCAGAUGGGAGAGCAGAGUUUGUGAAUCACAGAGGUGGCAUAGCAGUUGUUGCUAAGAGGAUUUUGAGAAUCUCGAAUACGGUGAACGAUCGUGCCGUUUUGAUCCUUUCAUUGGUAUGUAAGUUCUCUGGGACAAAGUCUGUGCUUCAAGAGAUGUUGGAAGCUAAGGCUGUGUCAAAGCUUUGUGUUUUCCUUCAAAUUGAUUAUUGUGAUUCUUUUCUCAAGGAGAAAGCAAAGGAAAUUCUUAGAUCAAAUUUUGAUGAGUGGAAGAAAGAACCUUGCUUUGAUUCUCUUGCUUUAACAAAGUAUCUUUACUGAUUUGUAUUGAAUUAUAUUGUCCCAAAUCAUUUGAUGAGUGGAAGAAAGAGCCUUGCUUUGAUGCUUCUGUUUUGA